CGAGUGGGAGCAGAGGUGCUCAGGACCAUGGCUGAGGCCAUCACCUAUGCAGACCUGCGAUUUGUGAAGGCUCCCCUGAAGAAGAGCAUCUCCAGCCGGCUAGGACAAGACCCAGAGGCUGAUGAAGAAGGAGAACUCACCUAUGAGAAUAUUCAAGUGCCCCCAGGCCCAGGAGGACCCUCAAGCUUGGCUUCCGCUGGAUUAGGGGACAAAGCAGGGGUCCAGUCGGAGCAGCCAGCUGCCGCCUGGAGCCCCGUGACCUCACCAGCUGCCGGGCGGAUUCUCCCCUGCCAUGCAUCCUACAUGCAGUACCUCCUUCUGGGCCUGCUCCUCGCCUGCCUGCUGUUAGGGGUGGCUGCCACCUGCCUGGGAGUGCACUAUUUCCAGGUGUCUCAGCAGCUCCAGCAGACGAACAGGGUUCUGGAAGCCACUAACAGCACCCUGAGGCAGCAGCUGCGCCUAAAGAUAACCCAGCUGGGGCAGAGGGAAGAGGAUUUGCAGGGGUCCAGGAGGGAGCUGGCCCAGAGUCAGGAAACACUACAGGUGGAACAGAAGGUUGGCCAGGCUACCAAAGAGCAGUUGCAGGCCUGCCAGUCAGAUGGGGAGAAGACAAAAGAGGCCUUGAGAAAUAAGGAGAUACAAAGGACGAACUUGGAGCAGGAGCUGAGCAGCGUGCGGGACACACUGAAGCCCUUCUUCACAUGCACCUCACCAGAUUCCUGCUGUCCCUUGGGAUGGAUACUGAAUGAGAGGAGUUGCUUUUACAUCUCAAUUACUAAGAGAAGUUGGGAGGAGAGCCAAAGCCAUUGUAAAUCUCUGUCCUCUGAACUGGCCAAAAUCAGCGACAUUUCUUAUUCAUAUGGAACUCAUUAUGCCAGAAGCUUACGUAAGGUGUUGGCACAAGGUGGUUCAGCUGAAUCAUACUGGAUUGACUUCAGAAAUAAGUUCUGGCCGUGGAGUGAUGGUACAAGAUACAAAGGGUUUUAUGGUCAAAGCCAAAAAUGUACCAAGGUAGAAGGCGAGUGGCUGGUGAGUCUGAAGGCAGAGGACUGUUAUUCUUCUCUUCCCUCCAUCUGUGAGAUGGAAGCUUUCAGGUAUCCAGAUGGGGACCACUCUUUGCACUGA